CUCAGGCUCCUCCCCGCCUCCAACAUGGCGGCGCCCAUAGGCUCUACCCGCACGUGAGAAUCUCCACGCCUGGGACUCCGAGAGUGCAAAAGUGUGAGCCAGUUUCGCUCCCCUACAGUCGGGUGCAUCCCUCCGACCCUUGGUGAGGCCCUCGCGGCCGCUCCCCCUCUGUAGCCAUGAAGACAAAGCCCGUUUCUCACAAGACCGAGAACACCCACCGGUUUCUUACAUUUGCAGAACGACUAGGGAAUGUGAACAUCGAUAUUAUUCACCGGAUUGACAGAACUGCAAGCUAUGAUGAGGAGGUUGAAACUUACUUUUUUGAGAGUCUACUGAAAUGGAGAGAAUUGAACCUAACGGAACACUUUGGGAAAUUUUACAAAGAAGUUAUUGACAAAUGCCAAUCAUUCAAUCAGUUGGUCUAUCAUCAAAACGAGAUAGUUCAAAGUUUGAAGACUCAUCUACAAAUCAAGAACAGUUUUGCCUAUCAGCCUCUUUUGGACUUAGUUGUACAAUUGGCUCGAGAUCUCCAGACAGAUUUCUAUCCGCAUUUUCAGGAUUUUUUCCUCACCAUCACCUCAAUCUUGGAGACUCAGAACACAGAGCUGUUAGAAUGGGCUUUCACCUCACUGUCAUAUCUUUACAAAUAUCUAUGGCGACUGAUGGUGAAGGACAUGGCCAGUAUAUACAGCAUGUACAGUACACUCUUGGCUCAUAAAAAACUCCAUAUAAGAAAUUUUGCUGCCGAAAGCUUUACUUUUUUGAUGAGAAAGGUUUCUGAUAAAAAUGCACUUUUCAAUUUAAUGUUUCUUGAUCUCCACAAACAUCCAGACAAGGUAGAAGGCGUUGGACAGUUGCUCUUUGAAAUGUGCAAAGGAGUUCGGAAUAUGUUUCACUCUUGUGCAGGAACGGCAGUGAAGCUAAUUUUGCAAAAAUUAGGACCAAUUACUGAAACAGAAGCUCAACUACCUUGGAUUUUAAUUGGAGAAACACUCAAAAAUAUGGUCAGAUCCACUGUGUUCUACAUCUACAAGGAACAUUUUGGUGUAUUUUUUGAAUGUUUGCAAGAAUCACUCCUGGAUCUACAUACAAAAGUAACCAAAACUAACUCUGGUGAAAGUUCUGAACAGGUGAAAAGGUUGUUGGAAAUUUAUCUGAUACUUGUGAAACAUGGAAAUGGAUCUAAGAUAACCAAACCUGUUGAUGUUUGCAAGGUAUUGUCUCAAUCAUUACAGAUAGCCCAUCUCUCCACAUCUUGCUUGCAGACCCUCUUGGAUGUAAUUUCUGCUUUGAUCCUAGGUGAAAAUGUUUCCUUACCAGAGUCCCUCAUCAAAGAAACCAUUGAAAAGAUUUUUGACAGCAGUUUUGAAAGGCACUUAAUUUUGGAUUUUUCCGAAGGCAUGUUUACCAUGAAGCAGUUUGAGCAGCUUUUUCUACCCAGCUUUCUCUUAUAUGUUGAGAGUUGCUUCUCAGUUGAUGACGAGACAGUUCAAGAUGAAGCUCUGGCCAUUCUGACCAAGCUUGUUGUGAACAAAGCCUCACCUCCUACCGUUGGCUCCAUGGCAGUUCAGUAUCCUCUGGUUUUCUCACCACAGACAGUGGGAUCCUAUAUAAGACAGAGGAGGAUAAGAUCCAAGGGAGGAAAUGAGCAGAAAACAGUACUGGAUCGUCUUUUAUCUAUAAUUCAGUUACCCCCUAGUAAAGAUGUUUGCCUUUCACAUUCUUGGGCAGCCCUUGUUGUGUUACCUCACAUCAGACCUCUGGAGAGAGAGAAGGUGAUUCCACUAGUUGCAUGCUUCGUAGAGUCACUCUUCACCACUGUUGACAGAGGGAGCUUUGGAAAAGGAAGCUUAUUUGUUCUUUAUCAAGCUGUAAAUGCUCUGCUGAGUUUGGAAGAAUCUUCUGAACUUCUUCAUUUGGUUCCUGUGGAACGUGUGAAGAAUUUAGUAUUAAUGCUUCCUUCGGAGCCAUCUGUGCUGCUGUUGGCUGAUCUGUAUUAUCAGAGAUUAUCCUUACAUGGCUGCAAAGGACCACUUUCUGAGGAAGCGUUAAUGGAAUUAUUUCCCAAGUUACAAGCCAAUAUUUCAAGUGGUAUAUCUAAGAUUCGGCUUUUGACAAUAAGGAUCCUAAACUACUUCGAAGUUAAACUUCCGGAACUGAUGGGGGAUGACGGGCUCUGGGACCGCCAGUCGGCCUUUGCUAUAUUACGCCAAGCAGAACUCGUGCCAGCGACCGUGAAUGAUUACAGGGAGAAGCUUCUUCAUUUGAGGAAACUAAGACAUGAUGUGGUGCAGAGUACUGUCCCUGAGGGGCCGUUACGGGAGGUGCCGCUUCGUUACUUAUUAGGCAUGUUAUAUGUUAACUUCAGUCCACUCUGGGACCCUGUUAUUGAACUCAUAAGUUCUCAUGCACAUGAAAUGGAAAAUAAGCAGUUUUGGAAAGUCUACUAUGAACAUCUAGAAAAAGCAGCUUCCCAUGCUGAGAAAGAGCUGCAAAAUGAUAGAAGAGAUGAGAAAUCUAUCAGAGACGAAAGUUGGGAGCAGACUCAGGAAGGAGAAGUUGGAGCUCUUUAUUGCAAGCAGUUGGCAUUGAAAACUGACUGCCAGGAAAGACUGGACUAUACCAACUUCCGAUUUUUGCUCUGGCAAGGUCUGGCAAAAUUCCCUGAGAGGGUUGAGCCAAGAUCCAGGGAGCUUACCCCACUUUUCUUGAGAUUUAUCAACAAUGAGUAUUACCCAGCAGAUCUGCAAGUUGCUCCAACCCAGAAUCUUCUAAGAAAAACCAAAGGGGUAGCAGAGGAGGAAGCAGUGGAAGAGGAGCCUGCUGCUGGAGAGGAGUUGGAGGAGCUGGAGGAAGAGGUGGUCCCCCAAGAGGAACCCUCACAAAAGAAAAAGACAAGAAGAGCUGCAGCAAAGCAGUUAAUUGCUCAUUUGCAAGUUUUCUCAAAGUUUUCAAAUCCACGGGCCUUAUAUCUAGAGUCCAAAUUAUAUGAGCUUUAUCUUCAGUUGUUACUACAUCAAGAUCAAACAGUGCAAAAAAUGACCCUGGAUUGCAUAAUGACAUAUAAGCAUCCACAUCUCCUCCCUUACAGAGAAAACUUACAACGAUUGCUUGAAGACAGAAGUUUUAAGGAAGAGAUAGUGCAUUUUGGCAUUUCAGAAGAAAACACAGUAGUGAAAACAGCCCACCGAGCAGAUCUGUUUCCUAUUCUGAUGAGAAUUUUGUAUGGCCGAAUGAAGAACAAGACUGGGAGUAAAACCCAGGGGAAGUCGGCUUCAGGCACCCGCAUGUCCAUUGUUUUGAGGUUCCUGGCGGGAACCCAGCCAGAGGAGAUACAGAUAUUCUUGGACUUGCUGUUUGAACCUGUGAAGCACUUCAAGAACGGAGAAUGCCGUUCUGCAGUCAUUGAAGCGGUAGAAGUUUUGGAUUUGUCUAGAGUUCUUCCCUUAGGGCGUCAGCAUGGUGUCUUAAAUAGCCUUGAAAUAGUAUUGAAGAAUAUUAGUCAUUUGAUCAGUGCUUACUUACCAAAGAUUUUGCAGAUACUGCUCUGCAUGACAGCGACUGUGUCACAGAUCCUUGACCAAAGAGAAAAGAUACAACUGAGAUUUAUUAACCCAUUGAAAAACUUGAGACGUCUUGGAAUCAAAAUGGUAACUGAUAUCUUUCUGGAUUGGGAGUCUCAUCAGUUCACAACAGAAGAAAUUGAUGCAGUGUUCUGUGCUGCAGUGUGGCCCCAGAUCAGCAGGCUUGGAUCUGAAAGUCAGUAUUCUCCUACUCCUUUGCUGAAACUGAUUAGUAUCUGGAGCAGAAAUGCAAGAUAUUUCCCUUUUCUGGCAAAACAGAAGCCUGGACAUCCAGAAUGUGAUAUUUUGACCAAUGUUUUUGCGAUUCUCUCAGCAAAGAAUCUCUCUGAAGCCACAGCCAGUAUGGUGAUGGAUAUAGUUGAUGAUCUUCUUAACCUUCCAGAUUUUGAGCCCACAGAGACAGUUUUGAGCUUGCCAGUAACUGGAUGUGUAUACACAGAAAGUGCAGAUGAAUCUAUCACGACAGGGGCACGAUUAAUUCUGCCUCAUGUGCCUGCUAUACUCCAGUAUCUCAGCAAAACCACAAUAAGCGCAGAAAAGGUGAAAAAGAAAAAGAACAGAGCACGAGUCAGUAAGGAACUUGGCAUUCUUUCUAAGAUCAGCAAGUUCAUGCAAGACAAAGAACAAAGUUCUCUCCUCAUCACACUUCUCCUUCCUUUUCUCCACCGUGGCAAUAUUGCUGAGGAUACAGAGGUUGAUAUUCUGGUGACAAUACAAAACCUGUUAAAGCAUUGUCUGGAACCUACAAACUUCCUCAAGCCUCUAGCAAAACUUUUCUCAAUUAUUAAGAACAAGUUGUCACGGCAAUUGCUUUGCACAGUUUUCGAGACGCUUUCUGAUUUUGAGAGUGAAUUAAAAUAUGUUACUGAAGUGGUCAAGCUUAAUGCCUUUGAUCGAAGACAUCUUGAUGAUAUCAACUUCGAUGUUCGCUUCUCAACAUUCCAGACCAUCGCCUCUCAUAUUAAAGAGAUGCAAACCGUGGAUGUUAACUACCUAAUUCCAGUUAUGCAUAAUUGUUUCUAUAAUCUGGAGUUAGGAGACAUGUCUUUAAGUGACAAUGCCAGCAUGUGCUUGAUGAGUAUCAUCAAAAGGCUGGCUGCCUUGAAUGUCACAGAGAAAGACUAUAGAGAAAUCAUUCAUCGCUCUCUGCUGGAGAGGUUGAGGAAAGGACUGAAGAGCCAGACAGAGAAUAUUCAACACGAUUACACCACACUGCUUUCCUGUUUAAUUCAAACCUUUCCAAACCAACCAGAAUUUAAAGACUUGGUCCAGCUUACUGAUUGCCACGACCCAGAAAUGGACUUCUUUGAGAAUAUGAAGCAUAUCCAGAUCCACAGACGAGCAAGAGCCUUGAAGAAACUGGCAAAACAACUAAUGGAAGGCAAAAUUGUGCUGUCCUCUAAAUCUCUGCAGAAUUAUAUCAUGCCAUAUGCCAUGACUCCAAUUUUUAAUGAGAAAAUGCUCAAGCAUGAAAAUAUAACCAUCGCUGCCACAGAAAUUAUUGGAGCUAUUUGCAAACACCUGUCUUGGUCAGCAUAUGUAUAUUACUUGAAACAUUUCAUUCAUGUCUUACAGACAGGACAGAUCAAUCAAAAGUUGGGUGUCAGUUUGCUGGUAAUAGUAUUAGAAGCAUUCCACUUUGACCACAGAUGUCUUGAGGAACAAAUGAGAAAAAUUCAGAAUGAAGAAAACACAACAAAAGUGAUUGAGUUGCCAGACCAUGAAGCCAUGGAAUUAGAGCCUGUGGAUGAGGAAGAGAAGGAAGAUGCAUGUAAGAGUUUGUCAGACCACAACGAAGAACUUGGAAACGCUAAUCCCGCUGAUGGCGAAGGGACAUCAGCUAUGGAAUCCGAGAAUAUCACACCAAUCCUCUCUUCCCUUCCUCAGAAUAAGGAAGAAUUGGAGAAAACAAUUAAAAAUAUCCAAGGAACCAUUACUGGGGACAUCCUACCCAGACUACAUAAAUGCCUGGCAUCUACGACUAAACGGGAAGAAGAGCAUAAGCUCAUAAAAUCAAAGGUUGUGAAUGAUGAGGAAGUGGUUCGAGUUCCCUUAGCUUUCGCCAUGGUUAAACUAAUGCAGUCCCUUCCACACGAAGUUUUGGAAGCUAAUCUACCAAGUAUUUUGCUCAAAGUGUGUGCCCUCCUCAAGAACAGAGCACAGGAAAUCAGAGACAUUGCACGCAGCACUCUUGCAAAAAUAAUAGAGGAUCUGGGUGUGCAUUAUCUACAAUAUAUUUUAAAAGAACUACAGACUACCCUUGUCCGUGGAUAUCAGGUCCAUGUUCUAACUUUCACUGUUCACAUGUUGCUGCAAGGCCUCACCAACAAGCUACACGUUGGGGAUUUGGACUCUUGUUUAAAUAUCAUGAUUGAGAUUUUUAACCAUGAGUUGUUUGGUGCUAUUGCUGAAGAGAAGGAAGUAAAGCAGAUCCUGUCCAAAGUCAUGGAGGCACGAAGAAGCAAAAGUUAUGAAUCUUACGAAAUCCUGGGCAAGUUUAUAGGAAAAGAUCAGGUUACAAAACUUAUCCUCCCACUAAAAGAGAUCUUACAAAACACCACGAGUUUAAAACUGGCCCGGAAAGUUCAUGAAACAUUACGCCGGAUCAUAGCAGGAUUAAUUGUAAAUGAGGAAAUGACGGCAGAGUCCAUUCUGUUGCUCAGUUAUGGUUUGGUCAGCGAGAAUCUCCCCUUGUUAACAGAGAAAGAAAAAACUCCCGCAGCCCCAGCACCAGAUCCACGCCUGCCACCCCAGAGCUGUCUCCUGCUCCCACCAACUCCAGUUCGAGGCGGGCAGAAAGCUGUUGUGAGCAGGAAAACCAACAUGCACAUCUUCAUAGAGUCUGGGCUGCAGCUGCUAUAUCUGAGUCUGAAGACUUCCAAGAUCAAGUCUUCAAGCGCACAUGUUCUGGAAAUGCUGGAUCCUUUUGUGUCUCUCCUCAUAGACUGCCUGGGCUCCAUGGACGUGAAGGUGAUCACUGGUGCUUUACAAUGCCUAAUCUGGGUAUUGAAGUUCCCUCUGCCUUCCAUAGAAACAAAAGCAGAACAGCUGACCAAGCACCUUUUCCUUUUGCUGAAGAACUAUGCAAAACUUGGGGCUGCCAGGGGCCAGAACUUCCACCUGGCCGUGAAUUGUUUCAAGUGUGUGACCAUACUGGUGAAGAAAGUGAAGACCUACCAGAUCACUGAGAAGCAGCUUCAAGUACUGCUAGCAUAUGCCGAGGAGGACAUUUAUGACAACUCACGACAAGCCACUGCGUUUGGCCUGCUGAAGGCCAUUUUAUCGAGAAAAUUGUUGGUCCCAGAAAUUGAUGACAUCAUGCGGAAAGUAUCCAAAUUGGCAAUUUCUGCACAAAACGAGCCUGCCAGAGUUCAGUGCAGACAGGUUUUCCUGAAAUAUAUUCUUGACUAUCCUCUGGGUGACAAAUUGAGACCAAAUUUGGAAUUCCUGCUCGCUCAACUGAAUUAUGAACAUGAGACCGGAAGAGAGUCCACCUUGGAAAUGAUCGCCUACAUCUUUGACACGUUCCCUCAGGGGCUGCUCCACGAGAACUGUGGGAUGUUCUUUAUCCCUCUUUGUCUAAUGAUGGUGAACGAUGACUCUGCCACGUGCAAGAAGAUGGCGUCCAUGACGAUCAAGUCCUUACUCGGCAAAAUCAACCUUGAGAAAAGAGAUUGGCUCUUUGAUAUGGUUACCACUUGGUUCAAAGCAAAAAAGAGCUUAAAUAGACAACUAGCUGCCCUGAUCUGUGGCUUGUUUGUGGAAAGUGAAGGAGUUGCUUUUGAGCGAAGGCUUGACACUGUUCUCCCUGUGAUUGAAAAGGAGAUUGAUCCUGAAAACUUUAAAGAUAUCAUGGAAGAGACAGAAGAAAAAGCUGCAGAUCGCCUCCUGUUUAGCUUUCUUACACUGAUAAGUAAGCUCAUCAAGGAAUGUAAUAUUAUCCAGCUUACCAAGCCCUCUGAGAUUUUGAGUAAAAUCUGGAGCCACGUGCACUCUCACCUGAGACAUCCACACAACUGGGUGUGGCUCACCGCAGCCCAGAUUUUUGGAUUGCUCUUUGCCUCCUGCCAACCAGAGGAGCUGAUUAGAAAAUGGAAUGCUAAGAAAACUAAAAAGAAGCUCUCCGAACCUGUAGCAAUCAAGUUCCUAACAAGUGACCUUGACCAAAAGAUGAAAAGUAUCUCUCUAGCCUCUUGCCAUCAAUUGUAUUCCAAAUUUUUGGAUCAGUCUCUAGGAGAACAAGUUGUUAAGAAUUUGUUGUUCAUAGCCAAAGUCUUAUUUUUGCUGGACCCUGAUCCUGAGGAUAAACAUGAGAUAAAAGAAGACCUGGAACAAGAAGCUUUAGAUGGUGUGACCAGAAAGGCAGUAGAUUACGAGGGCUGUGCAGACGGCAAGGCAGAGUUGGAAAGAGAAGAGAAUGAGGAGGCAAAGGAGGGACACAACAGGCCAGCCACACUGCUGUGGUUGAUCCAGAAGUUGUCCCGGAUGGCCAAACUGGAAUCUGCUUAUUCCCCUAGAAACCAGUUAAAGAGAACAUGCAUCUUUAAAUUUCUCGGUGCGAUGGCCAUGGAUCUUGGAGUGGACAAGGUGAAGCCAUAUCUCCCAGUGAUCAUAGCACCUUUGUUCCGAGAACUGAACAGCACCUGUUUGGACCAGGAUCCUUUGCUGAAGAAUCUAUCCCAGGAAAUCAUAGAAUUACUCAAAAAGCUGGUUGGGCUGGAGAACUUCUCAUUGGCCUUUGCCUCAGUACAGAAACAGGCAAAUGAAAAAAGGGCACUCCGCAAAAAGAGGAAGGCUUUGGAGUUUGUAACAAAUCCUGAUAUUGCUGCCAAGAAAAAAUUGAAGAAACACAGAAAUAAAAAAGAAGCAAAGAAGAGAAAGAUAGAGUUCCUGCGUCCAGGCUAUAAGGCCAAGAGACACAAGAGCCACAGCCUGAAAGACUUAGCGAUGGUGGAGUGAAGUGCUCAGCGUGCUGACACACAGUCUCACCCCAAAGUUUGAACUUUAUGUUGGGUUCUGCUGGGCUGAAGUCAACAGGUUUUAUUAUUUAAUUAGCCUUUGCCAUAGAUUGUAUAAUAUACAGUUUAAUAUAAUCAUGGUCUUUUUUGUAUUAAAACAUUUCAAAAUACUGCUUAUCUUCACUGUCUUAAAAAGAAUGUGGUUUGCAUAAAACUCAGUUUAAAAUGUCAUUUGUAAAAAAUACACUUUAAAAUAGCAAGAAAAAAUGUAGCAUUGGGAAUAAUCAAGCAUGUAUACACUCCUGGUUACAUGUAUUGAGGAAAUUAAACUUUAUCAAAAGACAGUAAGAUCUGCACAAAUGGAGAAAUACAACCAUGUUCAUGAGUAGAAAGAUUCAGUAUUGUGUUCUUUCUUUCCAAAUUGGACCCCAUUGGUU